AUGGCAUCAAGCAAGAAAGAAGAGAAGGCGAAAAGCGCCAAAGCGGCCGCCAUUGAAAAGAUGAAGAACAAAGAUUUCAAGGCUGCCCGAAAAUUUGCCGCCCAAGCGCAGAAACUCUGCCCGAAUCUCGAUGGAAACGACGACGUUGUCCGAAUAAUACACGUCUGCGACGUGCACUGUUCCGAUGCACAGAAGGUGUUUGAGGGUGAGCGUGACUGGUACAAGAUCAUCGACGUUGAUCCAACGGCCGAUAUGGACUCAAUCAAAAAGCAGUGUCAAAAAUUGACUCUCGUCCUUCACCCCGAUAAGAACAAAUUUCCUGGCGCAGCCGAAGCUUUCCAGCUCAUCUGUGAGGCUAGAGCUGUUCUCAUGGAUUACGAGAAACGGAGCUUUUACGAUAGUAAAUGUAGGGCUAAUGCAUUGGCCAAAAACUCGAGAUUUCCGAAUAAGCAAAAAGCUAAAAGUAGAGGGCCGAUUUCGAAGGUGGAUAAUUCGAAUAGUUCUAGCAAGAAAAAAGUUGCGAAAUCGGAAAAAGAUGGAUCCGUCGGUGAUGAUGUGGAUAUUCUUGUUCCUUGUGCGAAAAAGCCGAAAACUGGUGCAUCUAUAUGGAGUGUUGGUGAAAAACAUGUUAAUUUAGAGGAUAAAGAGGCAACUAAAUUUGCUUCCGAGCCUAAAAAGAACACUGCAAAGGGUAAAUUAGUGGAUGGCAGCGAAAAUAAUCGUAAAAAAUUGAUUCUUGAAUAUACGGAAUCGGAGUUUAACGACUUUGAGAAAGGGCGGGCAAAGAGUAAUUUCAACGACGGACAAAUAUGGGCUGUUUACGACACGUUGGAUUCAAUGCCUAGAUUCUAUGCACUGAUUAAUAAGGUCGUCGCACGAGAUUUCAAGAUGGAUAUUACUUGGUUAGAGCCGUGCGUUCCCGACAACAACGAGGAAGAAAAUAAAUGGCUGAAUCGGGGGUUGCCGGCUUCUUGUGGAAAAUUCAGACACGGGUGUAACGAAAUAAUUGAAGAUCAUGCGAUUUUCUCACACUUAUUGAGCUGGAAUAAAAUUAUAAAUUACGAGAUUUGUCCGACAAAGGAAGAAACUUGGGCUCUUUUCAAGAACUGGGAUAUCGAGUGGUACCGUGAUCAAGAGGGGCAUAAUAAUAAAGAGUACGAUUUCGAAAUAGUGGAGAUUUUGUUGGAUUACUGUAGUGAUUUUGGUGCACCGGUUGUGUACUUGAGUAAGAUGAAAGGUUACGUGUCGAUUUUUAGUCGGAAACACGAGGAAGGGACGGAGUUGUCGAAAGUGGUGACGGUUAAGGAGAGGUUGAGAUUCUCGCACAGGGUUCCGUCGUUGAAAAACGAAGGUGAAAAUGGCGAUCAAAGAUUCUUUGAACUUGAUCCUGCUGCUUUGCCACCCAAUCUCACCACCAAGGAUGUUUAA